UCUGGCUCCUGGCCCGGCGCUCUGGUGUGGCUUGGGCUCCGGAGGACCGGAUCGCGUGGCUGGCCGGCCAAGCCCCCAGUGGGCCGCGGAAGCAGGGCCUAGGAUGGCGCUCUCAGUGACCGGGCUCAUUGUCUUCUCUCUCCUGCAAACCACCCUCUCCCUGAACCCUGAGGACCCCAAUGUGUGCAGCCACUGGGAGAGCUAUGCCGUGACCGUCCAGGAAUCCUAUGCACAUCCCUUCGACCAGAUCUACUACACACGAUGCACAGAUAUCCUCAACUGGUUCAAGUGUACCAGGCACCGGAUCAGCUAUAAGACGGCAUAUCGGCGCGGUCUCCGGACCAUGUACCGGCGGAGGUCCCAGUGCUGCCCUGGCUACUAUGAGAAUGGAGACUUCUGCAUACCCCUGUGUACAGAGGAGUGUGUGCAUGGCCGUUGUGUUUCCCCAGACACCUGCCACUGUGAGCCUGGCUGGGGAGGACCUGACUGCUCCAGCGGCUGUGACAGCGACCACUGGGGUCCCCAUUGCAGCAACCGGUGCCAGUGCCAGAACGGUGCCCUGUGUAACCCCAUCACCGGCGCCUGUGUGUGCGCCGCCGGCUUCCGUGGCUGGCGCUGCGAGGAGCUCUGCGCACCAGGCACCCACGGCAAGGGCUGCCAGCUGCCGUGCCAGUGUCGCCACGGUGCCAGCUGCGACCCCCGCACUGGCGAGUGUCUCUGCGCACCCGGCUACACCGGCGUCUACUGCGAGGAACUGUGCCCGCCUGGGAGCCAUGGGGCUCACUGUGAGCUGCGCUGUCCCUGCCAGAAUGGGGGCAUCUGCCACCACAUCACUGGCGAGUGUGCCUGCCCCCCAGGCUGGAUGGGAGCCGUGUGUGCCCAGCCCUGUCCACCAGGGACUUUCGGCCAGAACUGCAGCCAGGAUUGUCCUUGCCACCAUGGAGGGCAGUGUGACCAUGUGACUGGACAGUGCCACUGCACAGCUGGAUACAUGGGGGACAGGUGCCAAGAGGAAUGCCCCUUCGGGACCUUCGGCUUCCAGUGCUCACAACGAUGUGACUGCCACAACGGGGGCCAGUGUUCCCCCACCACCGGUGCCUGUGAGUGUGAACCUGGCUACAAAGGCCCACGCUGCCAGGAGCGGCUAUGUCCCGAGGGCCUGCAUGGCCCAGGCUGCACCUUGCCCUGUCCUUGUGAUGCCAACAACACCAUCAGCUGCCACCCAGUAACUGGAGCUUGCACCUGCCAGCCAGGCUGGUCUGGCCACCACUGCAAUGAGUCCUGCCCUGCUGGCUACUAUGGCGAUGGCUGCCAGCUGCCUUGCACCUGUCAGAAUGGUGCUGACUGUCACAGCAUCUCUGGGAGCUGCACUUGUGCCCCAGGCUUCAUGGGAGAAGUCUGUGCAGUUCCCUGUGCGGCAGGCACCUAUGGCCCCAACUGCUCAUCUGUCUGUAGCUGUAACAAUGGUGGCACCUGCUCCCCAAUAGAUGGCUCCUGCACCUGCAAAGAAGGAUGGCAGGGCCUCGACUGCACCCUGCCAUGUCCCAGCGGGAUGUGGGGCCUGAACUGCAAUGAGAGCUGCACCUGUGCCAACGGGGCAGCCUGCAGCCCCACAAAUGGCUCCUGCUCCUGUACCCCCGGCUGGCUGGGAGAUACCUGCGAGCUGCCCUGCCCGGACGGCACAUUUGGGCUGAACUGCAGUGAGCGCUGUGACUGCAGUCAUGCUGAUGGCUGUGAUCCUGUCACAGGCCACUGCUGCUGCCUGGCUGGCUGGACAGGCAUCCGCUGUGAUAGCACAUGUCCGCCUGGUCGCUGGGGCCCCAACUGCUCUGUCUCCUGCAGCUGUGAGAACGGCGGCUCCUGCUCCCCAGAGGAUGGAAGCUGCGAGUGUGCCCCUGGCUUCCGAGGACCCUUAUGCCAGAGAAUCUGCCCCCCUGGGUUCCAUGGUCACGGCUGCACCCAGCCAUGCCCCCUCUGCGUGCACAGCAGUGGGCCCUGCCACCACGUGAGUGGCAUCUGUGAGUGCCUCCCCGGAUUCUCCGGAGCCCUCUGCAACCAAGUGUGUGCUGGAGGGCACUUUGGGCAGGACUGUGCCCAGCUCUGCUCCUGUGUCAACAAUGGGACCUGCAGCCCCAUCGAUGGCUCCUGCCAGUGCUUUCCCGGAUGGAUUGGCAAGGACUGCUCACAGGCUUGCCCAACUGGAUUCUGGGGCCCUGCCUGCUUCCACACUUGUAGCUGCCACAACGGGGCGACCUGCAGCGCUGAGGAUGGGGCCUGCCGCUGCACCCCGGGAUGGACCGGACUCUUCUGCACACAGCGCUGCCCAGCAGCUUUUUAUGGGAAGGACUGUGGGCACGUGUGCCAGUGUCAGAAUGGCGCCAGCUGCAACCACAUCAGCGGCAAGUGCACCUGUCGCACAGGCUUCACCGGGAGACACUGUGAGCAGAAAUGUGCCCCAGGAACCUUUGGCUAUGGGUGUCAGCAGCUAUGUGAGUGCAUGAACAAUGCCACCUGUGACCACGUCACCGGCACCUGUUAUUGCAGCUCUGGAUUCAAAGGAAUCAGGUGUGAUCAAGCUGCCCUCAUGAUGGAGGAGCUGAAUCCCUACACCAAGAUCAGCCCAGCGUUGGGUGCAGAGCGGCACUCGGUGGGCGCUGUCACAGGUAUCAUCCUACUGUUGUUCCUCAUUGUGGUGAUGCUGGGCCUGUUCGCCUGGCGCCGACGGCGGCAAAAAGAGAAGGGCCGUGACCUGGCUCCCCGCGUCUCCUACACACCUGCCCUGAGGAUGACCAGCACUGACUACUCCCUCUCAGGUGCUUGUGGAAUGGAUAGACGUCAAAACACAUACAUUAUGGACAAAGGCUUCAAAGAUUACAUGAAAGAAUCCGUGUGCAGUUCUAGCACUUGUUCCCUGAAUAGCAGUGAAAACCCUUACGCCACAAUUAAGGACCCACCCAUCCUCACCUGCAAGCUUCCAGAAAGCAGCUAUGUAGAAAUGAAGUCACCUGUGCACAGAGGGUCUCCGUACACAGAUGUGCCAUCCUUGUCGACAUCUAAUAAAAAUAUAUAUGAAGUUGAGCCCACAGUCAGUGUGGUCCAAGAAGGUCGCGGUCAUAACUCCAGCUAUAUCCAGAAUCCAUACGACCUACCUAGGAACAGCCAUAUUCCUGGUCAUUAUGACCUCCUCCCAGUAAGACAGAGCCCUGCCAAUGGGCCCUCCCAGGACAAUCAGUCUUAAGAGGGAUAAGCUUCUCUCUUGCAAUGUGCUCUGCUGAAUAUUCUCUGACUCUGAAAGAAGACAAUCCCUUGACUUGAAAUAAUGGUACAGACUGACUCCAGCUGCGUGUUAGUUAUUACUUUCACCUGGAACUAAAGAAGAGCUUCCAAAUGAGACUGGGGUAAUUGUUCAAAAGGUCUGUUCACAAAGGCAAAUCCUAUCACCCAUCCACCCCCAAUCCCAAAUGCCCUGGAUUAUACAAUCUUUUAAAACAUUUAGGAUACAGCUACUUAUUAUCAACAUGAGCUAAAUAUAGCUAAAUAUAUUUAUUUAUAUACUUAAUUAUCUAAAACAUAAUGCUUAGAAAGCAUGUAGAAUAGGUUUUACAAACCUUCCUAAGAGGGAAAUGGGGACUGGGGAGGGAGGAGGAUUACUUUAAAACACCUGAAAUGUAUUAUGUACUUUUGGUUGCUGUAACCAUCAACAUCCGUUUGAUUACCUAAGAUAAUUAAUGCAUAGACACAAACUGUGCUAAUAUUGUUCAUCAAGUACCUGUACAUAUAUGUCUGGUCCAUCAAAUUACACCAACCAAGAUUACAGAGUUUAGUAUAUAGUCUAAUGCUGACAACUUCAAUUUUUUAAAAUAACUUUAAUAAAUACAAAUUAAUUUUGCCUCUUCUGCCCCUGCUGGUAGUAGGAGGGGAAGAAAAGUUUCCAAAGUGUAGCAGCCUCUUUCAGUCUACCACAGUAUUUCUAGGACAGCUUUACCCAAUCUUGCCAAUUCGAAGUUCCAGAACACUGCAAGUCAGUCCUGGCCUUGUCAUAUCUCAUUAGUGUACCUAACACCUGAGUCACUCCAUGGGAAAGAAGAUUCUGAGAUGCUGCUUUAAGCAAGCAGGCAGUCAGACUGUUAAGAAUUAAGUGUCUCUAAAAAUGGCUAUUUGGCCUUCUAAAUUUAUUUGGUUGGCAUUCCUUGACUUAGAAUACUUGCUUUCAAGCAUUUUUUUUUUCCAUAAAUCUUGAGCUUGAUGUACUAUGGAACCUAAAAGUGUAGAUGAAAUUAGACAAAAGUGAACAUAGCAAGUUUAAAUUAAAGUACAUUAUACUUUUUGAUGGAACUAAAUUGAAAUGAUGAAAGAAUGGACUGUAAUUGGCUGCUGUAACAUGAUGUAAAAACCUUAUAGUAAACAGCACAUAAGGAUAUGAAGUGCUUGUACCUCCUACCUUAAAACCACUACCUACUGAGAUAAUCAAAACUGAAUUACAAUGAGCUAAUGCUCCAGAUCCCACUAUUCAGAUGUGUCUAUGCCUUCCAAUACUAAUGAACACAGGUAAACUCAGGCUCAGAUGAGUCAAAGAUGGAGCCAACUCCCAAGCCUGAAAGAGGACCUUCUCACAAGAAUUAAAAGACCAAAAGGGCAAACCGAGGAAACUGCUGGCCACCUACACACCACUCCAUUCUGUUAACAGUCCAACCAGUAAAAAUACUUCCAAAAAAGUAUAUAGAAGAGGAACUAAAUGACUACAAAGCUGGAAUAGCUGCUACAGGAAUGUGGGAGUUCUGAAGCCCUUGAUACAAAUUGGAAGUGUGCCAUGGAACCCAUUAUUUGGGCAAUAACCAGCAAAAGCAAGAAAAAAAAAGGAGUAAACACCCCCUUCCCCACUUCACUCAAGGCUUAAGCAAAUGUUACUGUUAGGGAAAAAAUAUCUAAUACUUACAUGAAUGCUGCAUGUGUGCAUGGGAGCAAGUGAUCAGCAAUAGCAAAUUUACUUUCCAAAAAAAGCCUUAUUAAAAUAUAAAUACUAGAAAAUUACUUUGUAGACCCAAGUAAAUAUUUCUCAUACAUACGGAGAAAGAAAUAUAGAUGAGAGACUUACCUCAGUACUUCAGGGCAGCAAGUGCUCAAUUAUCUUUGUGAAGCAAGGAUCAAGAAUCGUGGCGAAGUCAGAUCAGCAAAGAGAAACUUCAUCUCACUCCCAGGUUUUAUCUUCUCCCCUUACCCUGCAUGUACAGUAAUGGCUGCCUGGCGAACUGCAAACAAGCAGCAUCACUCAAGUUUCAAGUUUCACCUCUUUUUUGCCGACUAUCUUCUGGGCAAAAUUGAGCAAGAGGUGGCAUGGUGGAAUUGCUAAAGCACUGGGUCAAGAGAUCGAGUAUUGCUUGCCCUAUCUGGGCUUUUCCCCUUCCAUGUGUAAAAAAAAAGGGGGCGGGGGAGAAGCACAGAGGGAUAAGGGAACACUAAACCUUUCAGCUCUAGCAUUCUGAUUUUUAAAGAAAUGUAUCACAAAUCAAAUCAGACAACACAGGAAAAGGGAAAGACAGAGGGUGUGAUUAAUCUCUGGUGACAACAGCUGUCUUCACAUAUCUAAGAAUUACUGGUAAACAACAUUUCAAUCUUACAGAGCAACUGUUAGGAACUUGUCUAGCACCGUCACAAAUAGGGUCAUGGUCAACCUAAACAUGGGCACUGUGCAGUUUAUUGGCAACUUGGAAAGAUCUGUUCAAUUAUUUUACAGAAACUAAGUUUUCGCAACAAGUGAUGUGCAUAUAAUGCGAAUGAAUAAAGGAAAUAAUUAUUGUACAAUAGCAUAAGUGAGACUAUGAAAUGGCAAUACUUUUUUAAACAAUCCAGAUUUGUAAUAUAUUUAUUCACUGUGCAGAGGGAUCAUACCUUGUACAAAAUAAAAUUAAUUUCUCAAACUAAUUUAUAGGAGUCCCUACUGUUGUGCUGCAAACCAAAAAUGUGUCUAUAAUCUAUACCUUAGGUGUAAGGGUAGAACUAAUUUAUGUUUUGUGUGGUCACUUUAAACAGCCGGAGAAGUGAAAAUUAUCCCAAUUGAUGCUUAAAGUUAAAAAGUUCUAUCAAAUUUAUAACAAGAGUCUCUUCCUUUAAAGUAGUGAAUGGGAGCAACAUAUUCGUAAUUCAUGUCCAAAAAUUAUUGAAAAAAUCUCAUCAACUUCAGUAUAGAGAAUUUUCCUGCUUUCACAAAGAUUUGGACUGAAAGACAACUAUUACAGCUUGUGCUCAGCUCCAGAGACACAAAUAAGUCUAUGGAAUGAAAUAAAGGCAAGUAUAUGGGCCACCUACUAUACAUAAGUACAACGAAUAGUUUUCCACUAGUAGAAGUAGUCACCUAUGAUGGAAGUAAUCAAACAGUACUCUGAGUGAGUCUGUUUUAGGACCUUUUAAAACAUAACCUUGUGACCUAACUAGUAAAGCAGCAGCAGGAUUGUUAUAAAAUACAGAUGCUAAAAAAUAGCUUAUUGAAUGCAUUCAAUGGUAUAAGUUUAAAAUUUCUCCUUCAUACUUUCAAAGGCUUGUACAUAAUCCUCAUACUUAAGUCAAAUUAAAACCUUUCAACUUGUCAGUUCACAAGGCUUAGUGGAUAAUCAGAAGCUAUUCCCAUUUAAUAAAAUGGUUAAACAAGAAUAUAUUUUUACUAGUUAGAGAUUAUUAAGACUCAUUCAGAAAAGAUCCUCCUACCAACAAUCUCAAGGGCUGGAGCUUGACAUCAUGAAAGAUAAAACACAAUCAAGAGUUUUAUAAAGCUAAAAAGCAUAUUUACUGAGAAUAGUGUAAGAUUAUAACUUAUAAAGGCUCAGAAUACUACCCAAUAUCACAAAUGAAAACUAAAGGCUGCAGGUUGUGUACACAGUACUGAAUACUCAAGAA